GAAAAUAAACAAUAGUUUCCAGUGGUGACAGACAUGUGGAGAUUCAUAGUAGUUGCAUUUAUACUAAUUAAUUAUAAGUUAGUUCGAGCAAAUAGUUCAGAAGCGGAUGUGGGGACUCGCGUAGUAAAUGGAACCGAUGCUGAAGAUGGGGAAUUCCCUUUUAUCGCUUCCCUUCGCAAGGUUGUAAAUGUCACAGGAGGAUCGCAUUCUUGCGGAAGUUCGAUAAUUAGCAAGCGAUGGCUUCUUACGGCAGCCCAUUGUGUAGCAGGAAGGGAAUCGUCCUCAAUUAACAUUCAAUAUGGUGUGACGGAAAUAACAUCUACUGGACCGAAUGUCGCGUCUGUGGAAGAGAUUAUUGUUCAUGAAGGAUAUAAUCCCUCAGAUAACUAUAUAAACGAUAUUGCACUACUCCAUCUUUCUGCUCCUUUGAGAUUGAAUGACUUCAUAAACACGAUCAAAUUGCCUAAGCAAGGACAGGUUACCCGAGCUGGAAGCGAUGCUGUAUUGGUUGGAUGGGGCCUUAAUGCGUCAAGUGGCAUUGUUCAAACUCAUCUUCAAAAAGUCGAUAUCAAAAUAUUUUCGGAUGAUGAUUGCCAAGAACUUCACAACAAUGGAACACACUUCACAAAUAUUUGCGCCGGUGUACCUGGAGGAGGGAAAGGUCAAUGUAAUGGUGAUUCUGGAGGUCCCCUUUUAGUUAAUGGAGAACAAGUGGGAAUUGUAUCUUGGAGUGUUAAACCUUGCACAAUAGCUCCAUAUCCAGGAGUGUUUACGAAAGUGGCGGAGUAUGUUAAUUGGAUUAAGAGCAAAGCUGAAUUAUCUGAUGAUUAUGGAGAGUGAAAUGAUAUUUCAAAAAAAUGCUAAGGGCUAUAAUAUAGAUUUCGUACUUACCCUCUGAAAAGCGACAAGUUCAACAUACAUCCUUACAUUUAUCUAUUAUAUCCCAUAACUUUUUAAUUAUGAUAAGACAUAAAAUACUGAUUCCCUAAACCGCACUCUAAACGAUAAAGGCAAAUGAUUGUUCCAUUGUUGCUACGAACAAUAAAUUCUAUCUGAGUGAAAUUACGCGGUGUUUCUAGCGAUUAAAUUAUUUAAAAUAAUAAAAACUUUUCUAUUCGCCAGUGAUAUUUCGGAACCACUUGUUCCCUGGUUGUCAAACUUGUUAGCACU